UUCCUUUGCGAAUUCUCGGAAAGUUUUGAUCUUUUUCAUGGGUUUUUUUGGGUUAAGGUGGGGUUUUUUGUGUUUGGUUGCCGAGAAAUGGUGAGAAAGUGGAAACAACUUCGAUUUUGGGUGGUAAUUCGAGGAAAAAGUUGUUAAAUGACCGCAAAGUUUUAAUCUUUUUAAGCUUACAACUUUUAAGCAAUCAAAUGCCUGUACUUUGUUUUUUUCUGUUUUCAGCUUUCAUUUGAAAAUUCUUAAAUUUUGUCAUUUUCCAACGUUGAGUUCUUCUGUUUGUCGAUAAUUUGGGGUAUAACGUAUUCGAUCUGGGAUUUUGGAGACAAUUUAUUGGAAAAUCCGAAGAGACGAUUAAAGAUUCUUUAUUUUUAUCAAUUAUUUAUAAUUUUUUGGGAUCUUUUUGUUCAGGGUUUUAGAUCUUCUUAAAAGCAAAAUUGUCUAAAUUACUCAGAAUUUCUCGGAUUGAUGCCUGAAAUGGUUAUUUGGGAUUGAAUCCUCUUUGUCAGGGUUUUGUUGUGGUUUAAGGGUUUUCCUUUUGUGUUUAAUUUGCUAAUUUUUCUUUAAUUUCUUCUCAAUUUCUGUGUUUGGAAUUUGGAAAAUUUUGAUGUUUUGAACGGAGAAUUGAAAAAAAAAAAAAACUUUUUUUUGGUUUUUUAAUAUUUCCAUCAGUUCUCUUCCUUUCAAGGUUUCUUUCAGUAGGCAAAUUUAUGGUUUUAUGCAUCUGUUGUUUGAUGCAUAAGCAUGUGUUUGGGUUUUUAUUUUUGAAAUCUAAAAAGUUUCACAUAAAGCCCCUUAGUUUUAAUGGAGAGGGAGGGUUGAUGGUGGCAUGGGCUUUCCAUUUCUCAUCAGAUCAUGUUGAUCUUUUGAGGUUAUAAUUACAGGAUUGAGUCAGUGCCCUUGGCUUCUGGGUUUACCGUCAAUUGUGAGAAUGUCUCUGUAGGUUCUAAGCUUAGUCGAAACGUAAUAUUCGAAUUUCUUGGAAAUUGAUUCAAGAAUGCUGGUGAAUUGCAUAUGAUGUGUUCUUUGUAGUGGGAUCUUUGAGAUAUGGUGUUGCAGAAGAGGUUAGAUUAUGGAUUCAAUGGCUAUCAGGUGCCUGCCACUCCGCGAGCAACCAGAUCAGCCAGGAAAAGGGUUCCAUUUAGAAAGAGAGUCGAAGACAACCAAAUAAGUGCAUUUGACUUACUGGCCACUGUAGCUGGAAAGUUAUUACUAGAUAAAGAAAGUACUCCUGCUUCUAGUAAUAAAUUAAAUGCUGAAGAUCAGUCUGCAGUUGAGAAAAAUAAUGUUAAAGAGGAAAGGCGGGAUGGAAAUCAGUUAUUGAAGCUAGAAACUUGCAAUCAAGACAGCACUGAUAGGGACUUCUUUGUUUCCGAACUUGUUUCACAAACUAAUGACCCAAACUAUAGUUCUAGGGAAUCACCAAGCCUUCAAAAUAAUGCCCAUUUUGGAUUUUCCUCUGUCAUAACAACUUCUGAUUGCUCAGAAAGAUUUGAUGCUUGGAAGUUGAUGAAUGGCAAAAUCAAGAAUGAAAUGGGAAGUUUUCCUUGUAAGGUAGAGACAGGUCCCUUUGUGUGUGAGACAUCUGGUGGUUGUAUUAAACCAGAGUCUGAAAAUAAAGGGUUGAAAGAUGAGGAGCUGGAUAUAACUGAUAAGGUUUCAAUUGGAGAAGCAGCUGAUACAUGCCUCUUAGAGGAUCCAGUGGUCUUGGAUGGUAAACCUCCUGCUCUAGUCAGUUCAGAUAGUAGCGGUAAGGCACGUUCAUUUGGGAACCAAAAUCCCCUUAGUUAUUUUCCCGCAAAUCGGGAUGAUGUAAAUGUAGUUAGUAGAGAUGAUGACGAAAAAUCUUCAGGGUGUACUCACCCUAGCCCUAUAAGAAAACCAUUUAGGCCCACACCUCGCAUUGGAGACCGAAGAAUAAGGAAGAUACUGGCUUCUAAAUACAGGAAAGUAGCUCCGAGAUUGAAGGAUGUGACAUAUUACAAUUCUGAUGAGAAUUUGAAGUCUGGUUACUGCGAUAGGAGCACAUACAAACGCUCAAGAUCUGAAAGGAAUUACCCUUUCAAAAAAAGGAAGUUUUUACACUAUAUCUCAGCAUCAAAUUUGGACAGAGGAACCAGCAGUGAGGGCAUGUCUGAUUCACCUGAGAAAAACAUCAAUGGAAAUGCUUCCAGUGCAUAUCCAAAGAUGCAUGGAGGCACUGGAGAAUCAUCUUCACUAGCAGAACAAUGCAAAUCAUUCCACUCCAGGGAUUCUCACGUGAAGCUUAGGAUCAAAUCUUUCAGGGUGCCAGAAUUGUUUAUUGAAAUUCCAGAAUCUGCAACUGUUGGUUCAUUGAAGAGGACUGUUAUGGAGGCAGUAACAGCGCUACUUGGAGGCGGAUUGCGCGUUGGUGUACUUCUUCAAGGAAAGAAGGUUAGGGAUGACAACAAGACUCUGCUGCAGACUGGAAUUUCUCGUGACAACCAGAUCGAUGCUCUGGGUUUUAGCCUGGAGCCUAACCCUUCACAAACUUCCCCAUUGUCAUGCCCUGGAGGUUCUCCCUUAAUGCUUCCCUGUGACACACCUCUACCUCUAGCUAGGUAUCCAGCAAAUCCUGGUUUAGUUAAUCAGGUUACUUGUGAUCCCUCAACUGAGCCUCACAUGCCUAAUUUGGGCAACUUUGUUGAAAGCGAUCAUGAUUCUGCACCCUCACCUACUGACAUGUCAUUUGACAAAAGCACAACUGAUUCUAAAGCCCUGGUACCUGUACCAGCAAUGAGUGUGGAGGCACUAGCUGUGGUUCCAGCUAAUAGGAAAUCCAAGCGAUCUGAAGUUGUGCAGCGAAGAAUUCGUCGACCAUUCUCUGUUGCUGAAGUUGAAGCCCUGGUUCAGGCUGUUGAGAAACUUGGAACUGGAAGGUGGCGUGAUGUUAAAUUAAGAGCUUUUGAUAAUGCAAAGCAUCGCACUUAUGUGGAUUUGAAGGAUAAGUGGAAAACACUAGUGCACACGGCAAGAAUAUCCCCUCAGCAAAGGCGGGGAGAGCCGGUGCCUCAGGAGCUCUUAGACAGGGUUCUAACCGCGCAUGCCUACUGGUCCCAGCAGCAAGCCAAGCAGCAACUGAAGCCGCAGCAGCAGCCAGAGAGCUGCCUUCACAUUUAUAACUCCACAAUAAGAAAGAGUAGCACAUGUGAUGUUGAUGAAAAAAACUUAGGUUGAUGAUGGGUUUAGGGAAGUAUUGUCUAAUUAUUUUUUUCAUGUAUUUUUAUUGUGAUUAUGUAAAAAAGUUAUGACAAGGAAGAAAUAUUAGUACUAAGAAAUCUAUGUUAUAUUAGGUGAUCUGCUCUAGCCGUGAUUCUUCUCUUGCAAAAGAGAGGCUUGGCCCCCAUGUAAAUGGUUGUUGAUGGAAUAAGAGCUUGCUAACUGAAUUUAAUUCACAUAGAACUUUUUUUCCCUUAAUUUUUGUAAUGAACUGCUGAAAUUCCAACUCUUGAAUUUUCUAAAUCUGUUGUACUUGAGUCUUGCAUUACUAC